UUUUUGUGACAGUGGUUAGUUUCAUUUCGUGGGAGGAGAACUAUUGCGAUGGAACCUGCUGUGCAGACAGUUGUCCCCGGUGAAGCUUCCGAGUCGGACGACGAUGAAGUUGAUGCUACAGUGACGAAUAAUACCACAGAUCCUGAGCAGACUGUGGUAUCUGGAGAAGCUUCAGAGUCUGAGGAUGAUGAAGCAGAUGUCCCUACUAAACAGGACAGACCAGAAUUUCCUCCUCUAAAAGUGGACACGAAUGGUAAAGGAGACAAUGAUGAUAUCAUUUCUGGAGACCAAUUGUCAACCUCUACCUCCCCAACUCUAAAGUCAGCUGAUGUCUAUAGACCUAAACAUGACACCUUGCUCCAUAGGAAAUUAAGGGAGAGGAAUACCUCAUUGAGACGCCAUAUUGUUGAUGCUGUUCACCAGGCCUAUCAAACGUCAACUAAAGACCUCCACAACACGACACAGCAACUCCACAAAUCACAGAGUGUUGUCAUGGAUAUUUCCCACAACAUGAGAUUACUGACUAAUGACCUGUUUUACCUGGAGGAUAAAAUUGACAUCAUAACAACAUGUAAAAUACUACCAGACAUCAACAUUGCUGUGCCUAGUACUUCAAAUCCAUCAACAUAGUCCUGUCAGACAUCAACAUUUCUGUAUCCUGGUACACUCAUACACAUAUAAUGACACGAACAAAAAAAAUGGCUGCAGUUUUAUGGAGAUAUAUAAUAUUGUACACUUGUAUUUAUAAAAAACUUUAUAAUAAUAUAUUUAACUGAUCACCAAUUUAAAGAAUUUGUUUGUUUUUUUUUUUUUUUUUUUUUUGUAACAUUCCUAUGUUAAUUGUUAUUUUUUUACAGUAAAUACUGUUGUUUGUAUUAAUAUGUCACAUGUGACUCAUGAGAACAUGUGUUUAUUAGCCUUCCAUCAUCAGAUGGUUGGCUGUUUGAAUUGUCUUUCGUCCUUGAUCUAGAACAGUCAAUGUAUAAUCAGCACUUAAUUGUUAGAUUUGAUAUGUACAUAAUUAUAUCCCUUAUCAAAUGUUUAAACAAAAAGUAAUUUGCCAAAGGCUUUGAAAUUGAGGAUGAUUAAUUCAAAUGUGCAAUAUGAAUAAAAAUAUAAACAUUA